CUGGAGCUGCGCUGGACGGAGCUGGAGGGGACACGGACCGUGGUGACGCUCAUGGCCAAGGUGGGACACCUGGCACCCGCCCUCAUGGAGCGUCUGGAGGACAAGGCCCUGGAGCUGGCAGAGCAGCUGGAUGCAGACGAGAUCCGCCGCAUGGCCGUGGCACUGGCGCUGCAGCAGCGCCGCUGUGUGCCCCUGCUGCGGGCCCUGUCCUACCACCUGCUGCAGAAACCCCCAGAGCUGGGGCUGCCCGUGCUCACCGACCUGCUCUUCGCCUACAGUAAGCUGAACUUCCAGCAGCCCCAGGUGCUGCACAGGCUGUCCCUGGAGCUGCAGCCCCACCUGGGGGCUCUGACAUCCGCGCAGGUGUCGCGCUGUGCCCGCUCCUUCGCUGCCCUGCGCUGGCUCAGCCGCCCCCUCGCCGAGGGCAUCGCACAGGUGCAGCCCAGUCAAAUUCGGUCCCUGCCCCACCCAUGGCUGGGACCGGCCACCGGCUGCCACAGCAAUCUCCGUGCCUACGAGCCCCAGGUCCCCUCCCCUGUCCCCGCUGUCCCCACAGGUGACACGUCCCCGCGGGCGCAGAGCUCGUGGCUGAAGCUCGUGCACAUCAACGCCACGGCCCGGCUGGAGGCCCCGGGGUACCAGGGGCCCUUCCUGCCCCCUGAGGCGCUGGGGGAACACGGGGAUGGGGACAAGGAUAAGGACAAGGACAAGGCCACCCCCCUGCAGCGGGGGCUGCGGGAGGCGCUGCGGGGGGCUCUGGGUGGCCGCGACCUCGGGCGCUACGACGUGCACACGGUGUUCGGGUGGGACAUCGAUGCCGAGGUGGUGCUGGACAGAGACAACAAACCGCUGCCCGUGGGGGACUUCACUGCCCCCCACCUGUCCCACUCCGAGGGGACAAAGCCACUGCCCCCAGGGGCCAAGAGGUGGGCAGGGGACAGGAGGGGACAAAGCCACUGCCACUGGGGACCAGGAG